GAUAAACGUGUUUAAGUGGACUCUGUUUAAACUUUCGGGAUGUUUCACCUCAGACUCAUCUCCUGUUAGCCAAGAAUGCUAAAGGAAGUUAGCUUGUCAGCAGGAAAUAGCCGGAGCCGGAGCUCGGCCUCACAGUCGGAGCAGCUUCCAUAGAGACCAAACUGUAUUUUUCACGGAGCCCAAAUGUCCAAAUGUCCAGAUAGAGCUGUCUGAAUAGACUCUGUGCUGUUCCCUUUAUCUGAACAUGUUUAACAUCUGAAUUAUCUCCCGGUGUCCUACGAAGCUAAUGCAGUUAGCUUAGCUUGCUAGCUGGAAACAGUCUGGAGGAAAAGCUGCUGUGAAUUAGUAAAAAUGUCUAAAGUGGAGAACGAGGAGGAACUUUGUGGACAACGCAAACUACUGGACGCUGUUUUCAAGCCUGAAGCAGAUGUCCAGCUGCUGUUGGUAAGAACAGAAGAGGUUCCCCCUGAGCAGCAGGAGUGGAGCCCCACUCUGGACCAGGAGGACCCACCAGAGCCCCAACACAUUAAAGAGGAACAGGAGGAACUCUGGACCAGUCGGGAGGGAGAGCAGCUUCAAGGACUGGAGGAGGCUGAUAUCACCAAGUUCACAUUCACUCCAGUUCUUGUGAAGAGUGAAGAAGACGAUGAAGAGACACCUCAGUCCUCACAGCUUCAUCAAAGACUAACUGAACAGGAGAAAACAGAAUCUGAUGGAGAGGACUGUGGAGGACUAGAACCAGCCAGGAACUCUGAAGUAGAUGGACAUCUACAACAGGCCACUGACAAGACUUCACACUCUGAACCUGAGACUGAUGACAGUUGUGAUUGGGAGGAGACCAGGGAACCUGGCCAGGUGAAGUCAUGUUCAGACCCUCUGCAAAAUAACGGUGGAUGUACCACUGGUGAGAAAUCAUUUAGCUGCUCUGAGUGUGGUAAAUUAUUCAGCCAAAACUCAAAUCUGAAGAGACAUAUGAGAAUUCACACAGGAGAGAAAGCAUAUAGUUGUUCAUUUUGUGGUAAAGGAUUUAUACGAAGUUCAAAUUUGACCACACACCUAAUAGUUCAUACAGGAGAAAAACCUUUCAGCUGCUCAGUUUGUAAAACAAGUUUUGGUGACAGAAGCUCUUUGUCCAGACACAAGAGAAUCCACACAGGGGAGAAACCAUUUAUUUGCUCUAUCUGUGGUAAAAGAUUUGCAGAAAGCUCUAAUUUGACCUCACACUUAAGAGUUCAUACAGGAGAAAAACCUUUCAGCUGCUCAAUUUGUAAAACAAGUUUCCGUGACAGAAGCUCUUUGUCCACACACAUGAGAAUACAUACUGGGGAGAAACCAUUUAGUUGUUCAGAUUGUGGUAGAAGAUUUGCGAGAAAUACACUUUUGAGACAACACUCAACUGUCCACACAGGGGAGAAACGCUUACAUUGUUUUGUUUGUGGUAAAAGAUUUGCUGAAAGCUCAAAUUUGACCUCACACUUGAGAGUUCAUACAGGAGAAAAACCUUUCAGCUGCUCAGUUUGUAAAGCAAGUUUCAGUCAAAGAAGUGCUUUGUCCAGACACGUGAGAAUCCACACGGGCGAGAAACCAUUUAGUUGCAGUGUUUGUAAUAAAAAAUUCCCUCGGCUCGAUUACCUCAAAUCACACAACUGUGCUGUUGAGAGCAGGGAAAGUAAAUAAAGCUGCAGAGAAGCCUUGUGAUCAUUUUAAUUAAGGUUUUAUUAGUGUCACAAUAUUUGGUUGUUUUCAGGGUGCGUUUUGGUAUUACUUAUUCAUUGAUUUAAAAUGGAUUAAAAUUGUCUUAGUGCUGUACAGGUGACGUAAAAUACUGUGUUCAACGUUUUUUAAAAUAUAGUUUAUAAAUGAAAUGACUUGACUUACCUCCCAACAACAGUUUAUUUCUAAUUGAAUUGGCUUGAGCUCCUUAUGUGUAAAACCUGAACAGUUGAUUCUGAAACUGCUCAUACUGUAAUAAUAUAUCUUCAUUUGUAUAGCGUGUUUCAGUACCAAAAAAAUGCUUUACAGCAACCAAUGUCAAACAUAGACACACGGUAUCGCACACAGUGUGGUGUGCAACGAAUCACGUAGUGGUUUGGAUAAAGUAAAUAAAACAUAAAUCAGUCAAUAAACAAAUAACGGAGGAAUACAUUACACAGCACACAUUGAAAGCUGUUUUGCAUAAAUGAGUCUUCAGAAGUGAGAUGGAACCAGGAGCAGACUCUGAUCUCCUCUGGUAGACUGAUCCAGAGUGGAGGGGCCCUGAUAGCCGAGGCCCUGUCUCCUUUGAUUUUUAACCUAGACCUUGGAAUAGUUGGCAAUGUCCUACCAGAGGAUAAAAGCUCAAAGAUUUGAAAGUGCUGGCCCAUGUCUGGCCUUAAAAGUAAAAAAGUCAAUCCUUAAAGAUUGAAGAUGAAAUUUUUACACAAGGUAAACGUCAAGCUGCAGCAUUUUGGUGGUGAAUUGAUUUAGGUAUACUAAAUUAUAAUUUAUUAUUUAGAAAACCUGAUAGAUACAAGUUACAUGAUCCAACUGUAAAUAAUCAUUAUGCAGAAAGUAAAGUACUUGCAAAUUUUUUGGAAUCUAAAACAAGCAGUUUCUGGCAUUUUCAUGUUUUUCUAAUGAAGAGAAAAAGGUCGUCGUCCACCCUGAUGAUUAUGUUCAUCUAAUUUUAUCUAUAGUGACAUAAUAAAUGGGUGAAUAAAAAAAUAAUGUAGGAUCAUGUGGAUCUAAUAACCAGUGUCCAAAAUAAUGACAUGCCAACAAUAAACGGAUGGCAAAAGAAAGAGCAAAAGCUCUGAGAAAGUCCAGUUAUGAGAGAAAUAUGACCCCUGGGAAGGUUCCUGUCUUUUUAUUAGACUGAACAAACGCUUACAUGUUCACGUUUCAUAAUGCAGAUAGUCACAGCAUAGUAUGACAAAAUAUAGCACUGUUUUUCAAAUUAUAAUUCACACUGUUUAGUUGCUCUCAGCUGUCUGUGAGUCUUCUUAGUAUACUGAAUUGUUGGUCCCAUAUCUCGAUGUGUGCUAUUUCUAAAGCUCACUUCUGCUCAUAUAAUACACAUAGAAAUCUAUACUUUAAUGUGUUUAUUCUCCUACAAGCACUGCAGUAAUACAUCUUUUGACUGGUACAAUGACGUUUACUCUGAUGUCCACUGGAUGGCAGCAAUAUCUCAAUGAACUACAUGCAAAAACAGGGAAAACCAACUGUUCCACUUUUUAUGAACUUUUCUGCUGAUGUUUGUUGUUUAUUAGUUUAUGUGCGAGGAACAGUUUCAGAAACUUCAGGACUUAAUAAGAGACACUAUUAACCACUUUUAAACGUGACUUAUUAAGACUAAUAGUUCAAUAAAAUGCAGAAAGACAAUUAUUUUAGACUGUAAUGUUUUAAAGGAUUUAUUCAGGGCUGGAUUCACAGUUAUUAAAAGAAGUUUAAUAGAUAGGACAGUGGCAAGAAACGAGGGAGAGCAGUUGGGUGACAGGUUGGAUUCAAACAGGGUCGCUGCAGCAAGGGCUCAGCCUUGUACAUGGGCUACCAGGUGAGCUAAACCUCGCCCCUGCCUUCAGCGUCUUUGUAAAAGACAAUUGCAGUGAAUGCAACAGAAGAUUAGAUGUGGAGUUCUAGGUACUUUUAAGUUCCUCUCAAAAUGUGUCCAGUUCACCACCUGAAGACAAAAGAAUAGAAGGGUUAAUGUCUAAAACAUAGAUUCUGAUUUUUCUUAUGUGAAAUUUUCUGAUACCAGUGUUUCCUCAGAUGAUGCUAUCUCACUGCACACUGCUUUAAUUCACCUUGAAAAGAAAAAUACCUAUGUCAAAAUGAAGUUUAUUGAUUGUAGCUGUAAUUUUAAUACAGCUGUUCCAUCCAAACUGCUGUUAAAACUCAGAGGUCUUGGUUCUGUAAUUGGCUAUUUGACUUCCUGACAGGCUGAGUAGGUAAAACAUACUUGUCUGAAUUACUCCUUACUCCUUUUCACUCACAACUGUGUCGCCAAAUAUAACAACAGCGUCAUAAAAUUUGCAUAUGACACCAUAUUGAUUGGACUAACAGUGAUGAGAGGGCCUCUGAGGGAAGCGGACGUUCUAUCCAUAUGGUACAUCCUUCUAAAUGUCAAUAAGACAAAGAAAAUCAUUGUUGACUUCAGGAGGAUCAGGAAAUCACACCAACUGCAUCCUCAAGAAGGUGCAGCAGAGAUUGUACUUUCUGAGGCACCUUUUUAGUAUGAGUACCAAGGCUCUUGUGAACAACUAUUGCUGCACCACAGAUAGUAUUCUGACAGGCUGCAUCACUGUGUUGUUUGGCGACCUGACUGCUCAGGACCACAGACAGCAGGAAAAAGGAUUGUCAGAGAACUAUCACAACUCCACGAUAUUCACUCCAUCUGCUGCAAAAACAAAGCCCUAAACAUCUUUAAGGACACCAGCCUCCCUGCUCAUGCUCUUUUGUUCACUCGUCCCAUCCAAUAAACGUUACCAGAGCAUCAGAUCACAGAAAAACCGACUCAGUAACUGCUUCUUUUCGCAGGCAGUCAGGUUGCUAAAUAGCUGACGCACCACACACGUUUUGUAAAACAUGAAUUGCUAUUGUGUAAUGUUAUUGUAUGUUGUAUUAAAUAUUGUGUGUUGUA